GAUUACCUAUGCGGAUGCAGUCAAGUCAUUUUCGCUUCCAAGAUAAAGAUUAGCGGACUGCUAAGCAAGAGUCAGGGACCACAGGGGCAAUAAAUACCUAUCCAUACACUGUUCAAUAAUGGACGCUGAUCUGAUGCUGCAUUUCGCCAACUUCAGCACGCUGCUAGUGUGUAUGGUUCUCAAAUUUCCGCAGAUAAUCGUACUGAUCAGAGCGAAAUCGACAAGGGGUGUUAGCCUGAAGAGCCUUCUUUUGGAGCUCAUCGGGUUCAUCGUGUUCAUCACCUACCAGAUGUACUAUGACUACCCACCUCCCACCUACUUGGAGUACCCCAUUCUGAUUGCCCAAGACGCCAUCCUCCUGCUGUUGAUCCUCCACUACAAUGGGAACCUGAGACAGAGCGUGAUCUACACACUAUUGUUUGUAGGGGGAUGGCAGCUUCUCACAGUACAGAAGUGGAUCAUUGACCUGGCUAUGAGUCUGUGCACCUUCAUCAGCGCCGGCAGCAAGUUUGCCCAGCUGCAGUGUUUGUGGGAGUCCAAGGAUUCAGGCCAGGUCAGUGCCCUGUCCUGGGGCAUGGCCACCUACACGUGCCUGGCAAGGAUUUUCACCACCAUAGUAACCACAGGAGACAUGCAAGUUCUGGUGCGGUUUAUCGUCAUGGCAAUACUGAACGGAUGGGUGACGGCGAUGGUGCUGUACUACAGGCGAAGAGGGAUCAAGCAGGACUGAGUCUUGGGCCUGCUGGCAUGGACACAUCCUGUGUCUUACCUCACCUCCAGUAUCCUGAACUCAGGCGUUCCUCCCUAUAGUAAUCCAUGUGUGGGGCCACCAUGGAGAUACCCGUACGCUGAAAAUACCCAAGGUGCACCUGUUUUUACCAACUGAAUUAAACCUGUGACUUCAUAAGUCAAAUACUGUACAUGUAUCUAGAGGGCAAAGUUGAGUUCGACCAAGACACAAGUAUCUGAUAAUAAGGUGAUAGGAAUGAUCAAUGGUCAUCUUCUUCAAAGUCCACUCGUCCAGGCCCCCCUUUCCUGUCUCAGUAUUACAUUACAUUUCAUUCAUGUCUCACAAUUCUACUGUACCAUUUGCUGCCUUAAAGUUCCACUCCACCACUUCAUUCCUGCAUCAGAAUUACGUAGUUCCAUUCCAGAUGUUUAUUAUACAGCCAAGAUCCAGACACUGUCAGUUGUUUUUGUAAUAUCUGAGUCAAUAAAGAAAACUUAAACCACUGAGUGGUGCUGUUGAGCAGGCCAAAUAGUAAGAUGAAAUG